AUGACCCAGCUGCUGACAUUUGUUCGGCUUGUAGGUCGCGAUCACGACACUCGCGCAAGUCAAGCUCGUUUCCUGCGCCUACAUGUCGUACACGCCUCCUACGCUUUCUGGGGUCUCUCGAACGUCCAGAUCGACCUCGAGAGCGACAAGCCAUGGGUCAAGCAUCCCGCCCACGUCCGGCACAUCACAAAGAUGACCCUGCUGAGCAACCCGAUCAACAUCCUCCUCGUCUGCGUACCCAUUGGUAUCAUUGCCGGCCAGGGCGACUGGGACCCGAUCGCCGUCUUCACCAUCAACUUUUUCGCCAUCAUUCCCCUGGCGGCCGUCCUGUCGUUCGCGACCGAGGAGAUCUCUGACAAGCUCGGCGAGUCGCUCGGCGGACUGCUCAACGCGACGUUCGGCAAUGCGGUCGAGCUGAUUGUGAGCAUCAUUGCGCUCCAGAACAACCAGCUCCAGGUCGUCAAGUCUUCCAUGAUUGGGUCGAUCCUUUCCAACAUCCUCCUCGUCAAGGGCAUGUGCUUCUUCUUCGGCGGCAUUGUCAACAUGCGCGACGGCAAUGGUAGCGGCACAGAGCAGUCGUUUGCCUCGAUCACUGCGCAGACGACCUCAUCACUGAUGACACUCUCGGCCGCUUCUAUGAUCUUGCCUGGCACUCUCUUCAUGAUCAUCAACCCUGCCGACGACGAAGAGUCGACUCGCCGACCGAUCCUCGCCCUGUCUCGUGGCACCGCAAUCAUCCUUCUCCUUCUUUACGUCAUCCUCGAGUCCGCGACGACCCCGCCCGACUCGCAGGAUGCUUCCGACGUGGAGAGCAACAACGCGAACCAGCACCAGGAGGACGACGAAGAAGAGGAGAAGGAGGAGCACAUGAGCCCGUGGUCGGCUGGUCUCGUUCUUAUUGUGACGACUGUUCUGGUCUCCAUCGGACUACCUUUAGAGCGCACCCACAUCAGCCGUAACUUUAUCGGCCUGAUCCUGAUUCCUAUCGUCGGCAACGCGGCUGAGCACAUUACGGCUGUUGUGGUCGCUGUCAAGAAUAAGAUGGACCUCGCCAUGGGAGUUGCUAUUGGCUCCAGCAUCCAGAUCGCCCUGUUUGUCACGCCGUUACUCGUCAUUCUCGGCUGGAUCAUGGACCGCGACAUGGACCUGCACUUUGAGACUUUCGAGACUGUCUCUUUCGCGCAGUCCGUGCUUGUCGUCAUCUACACCGUCAUGGAUGGAAAGUCGAAUUACCUCGAGGGUGCCAUGUUGAUGGCGCUCUACAUUAUCAUUGCGCUCGCCUUCUUCGUAACCCCUAGCGAGGACUUCGACAACGAGAACGCCACCCUUUUAUCGCACGCGGUGCACAGCAUCUUUGGGUCUUCUUAG